AUGCAGUAUCCGGAAUUAGUGAGCAUGAUAACCGUUAUAUUUUCAAAUUGCAUUCAGCAUGUAAUCAAAGAUGCUAAAACGCCUUGUUGUCCUCUAUGUAAGGAAGCUAUUACCAAAAGGAGUUUAAAUACUAGAUCCAGCCAUGAAAAAUUUGUGCAAGUUGUGAAAGAUGUCGAACUAGCAUUUCAGCAAGACUUGGAUGAAUUACAAACAGAAACAACAAACAAGAAAGUAAGAAAAAAUUCAUCCCAAACAGAUUCUACUAUAACUCGUGGAAAUGAUAAAAGAAGUAAUAGCAAGCAGAUCACUAGAACGACCUCAAUGGAUUCUGGAAAUAAUAAAAUAUAUCCAGAUAACAAACAAUCCCAGAAUAGCCAGCUAUCAAGUAAAUCUCGUAGCAUGCCUUGUCAGAAUUUACAUUCUCACACUUCGACAGAUAGAAAGGAUGGUAAAUCUGAAUCUCAAAAUGGUGGUGAAACGAUACUACAUUCUGGUCUCUCAGAAAAUACUACUGUCGUUAGCCAAGACAAGGUUCGAUUUGAACUUAUUAAAUCGAAGCGAAAAUUAGCUUCAAAAUCUAUCAGACAUGGAUUUGAUAAACGAACUAGUGGUUUAUCAUCGUCAUUCGAUAACGCAUGCACUUCUAAUGAUAGCAUCGACAAUUUCUCUUCUAAGAGAUCUGAUAGAAACAACGAUAAUGUAAAAUUAACGGCAAAAAAUAUGCAAACGAUAGAUUCGUGGUUGCGUAAAGAUAUUAACAGCCAAGUUCCCAGCCAAAAGAAUGAUAAAGGAGAACUGGAGAAAACUGUAAAUAAAAUGGUUGAAAGAUCGCUAAUUGGUAAUCAUGGGACAAUCUAUUUAGCUCGAGAUAAAGCAGAUCCUACAUGGGAAUUAUACUCUUCAAUUACAGAUGUUACAAGCCCUAGUCAGAAAUGUAACCCCAUGGAAAAUCAGGAAGAAUCACGAUCAUCUACAAAACAUCCAAUUAAUCUAGCAUCAUCUUUUAUCGUAGCUCUUACGGAUUCCCAAAAACUUCGAAAUAGCAAGUCAGAAGUGGGUGCCUGUGUUAAGAAGUCCGAGGAUUGGAUCGACCUAAUAGAAAAAGAUAUGCAACAGAUCAACACAAAUAAUAAUAGUCAACAUAGUGAAGAGAACGAGAAGAUUAUUUCAAAGUCCCUCAGCAAAGAUGGAGAAGGCUUGACAACUCAGUUAGAUUUGAAUACAUUAACACCUGAAAUGAAGUCAUCGUCACAAAAUUAUCAAGAACAAAAGCAUCAUUCAGACCUAAAAACAUCUAUCAAAUCGAAUCAGAUAGCUAAUAAUAGUAAUACUACUCCUAAACGAUUUUUUGCUGGUAGUAUAACUCGAGCAAUGCAAAAGUGGAAAGACUCUUCCGCGAAUAGAACACCAAAUACCAAUCAUGUAAAAGCCCGACUACGGAGACUUAACAUCCGAAGAAGAAACGAUCGACUAGCUACAGAACAUAUUAAAAUUGAUAGCAGUAUGCUCUCGGUCCAACAAGAAGCUCCGAAAGUUGCGUUAAUGUCCACGAGCAACGGUGACAACAAUAGCGAUAGUAAUAAAAUUUCGAGUUCUGCAUCCUCACAGAAAAGAAAAACCUCACCAUCUGCUACACCAAUUCAGAUUGCACAAGAAAAAUUCGACAGUAGCUCUAAUGCAACUCACGAUUGUGGUAAAAGUAACCAUUGUAUACCCAAAAUGGGAAUUUGUCACUCAGAAAGUAUUUCUUCAGAUGGUGAUAGUGCGCGCAAUAUUGGCGGUAAAUUAUAUAUUCCUGAUAGUAUCAGCAGUUCAUCUAUGGAAACUACCUGUGAGGGUACACCACAUUCACAUAACCUAAAUCAUGCCUUGUCACAAGAGAAUUUAAAUUCUGAUCAAGCUUUACCAGAAGCACCAACGAAUUCCCAGGAAUCCCUAAUAAAUCGGGUAAAAAUAGUACAGCCUACGAAAACGCCAUCUAAACGUGUUUCAUUGGAAUCGUCAUUUCCAGACAGACCUCGAAAGAAACAUACAGCAUUACCGGUAGAUAUAGCAAAAAUUGAAGGUACUUUUAAAGUUCCACACCACCGUGCUCAAUCAACGACAAAAUGCCAAAAUAUUAAAAUUACAACGGAAGACUCAAUAGCAAACUAUGAUCAUCAAUCGACUAGUGUGAAGGAUACGGAUCAAAACUUAACUAGUGUUCUUGAUAAUCAGUUUAUAGAAAAUAGUGAAUCUAUGCCUCUGUUUCUUUCUAAUUCUGAUGCACUCGUACCAAGACAUAAAACAUAUAAUAUUGACCAUGGUCAUACCAAAAGUCAAGAUAUUAAAGGUAGCUCCGAAAGCAAUCAUUAUUGCGGUGAACUUACUUCAAAAUAUAAGAAUUUAAUACCUGGUGGUGACGGUCGCAAGGAAGCGGAUAUUUUUGUUUCGCCAGACAGUGAUUUAAUGGAUUACCCAUUUAAUAAAUAUCAGCAGAGAGAAGCAAUCCAAACAUCAGAUUCAAAAUAUUCGACUGAGAAAGACUAUAAGUCGGAAACCAUAAAUUUUGUACCAGAUCCAGCUCUUGAGCCCAGCGCUAGUGAUGAAAACAAUACAAACUCAUACAUACUGAAACAAAAUUACGUAGUUCCUAAUUCGGAAGAGUUAAUGCGGCAACUAGAAUCUUCUAAGAUACAUGACGACAAUAAUACUGAUAAUCCGGAAUCAAUUGAUUCGCAGGUUCUUGAAAAUAUCCGCGUUAAAAUGAACGAAGAGAAAGAAAGAAUCGCUAGGAUGAAAUCUUUACUUGAUGCUGCACUACCAACUACAUCUAGUCAAUCACCACGAAAGUCAGAUUCUUCCCUUGCAAGCGAUUUGACAUGCACUGUUAUGCCGAUUAGUACCCAGCCAUAUAUGAUUGAUAGUGAAUCUGAUGAUCAUGUCGCUAGCGAUAGUGAUGACACUCAUAGCCUUGAAUCGAUGGAUGGUGACCGUGAUCUUAAAGUAGAGAAAAAAAGCGAUAAUAAUGUUUUGCUUUGGUCUGCGCUAGAUAAGCCUGACGAUCCAGAUGAAGAUUCAAAGAUAGAAAAUACAUUUCAAGAAAGCCGCAACCUGCAACCAGGAACGGGAAGCGUACGAGUGUUAGCCGAACAAACUAAUGCUUCUGAUGCGAUAGGUUCUGCACGAGUUGCAAAAAAUGAAAAUCUUAACUAUAAGAGAAUGGGCGUAGACCGAAGCCGACAUUCUGACUUCCACAAAAAUCAUCAUCUAUCUAGUGACGUCCUCACCUCAAAUAUUUCAUUAGUCGCGACCGGACUAUUGGAUAAAGAAAAGCAUAAAGUCGCAUUGUUAGCUAAGCUUUUUAAUGCGAAAUUUGCUAGAGAAAUUAAUCGAACUACAACUCAUGUAAUUGUAAAAGCAGGUGUUCUUAUUGCAGACGAAAACAAUCUAGCAGAAUGUACUGUAAAAUACUUCCAAGGGAUCGCAGCAGGGCUAUGCCUUGUGAAUUUUCAAUGGGUGCUUGAAUGUAUAUCCUGGAAUACGCUUAUCCCUACGGAAAUGUACGAAAUUAAGGGUAGUACCAACAGUAAUACUCGUCGAAAUGAGUUAGGCGCUCCUCGUCGAUCUCGAUUGGCACGCCUUUCUAAGAAACCGCGACUGUUCGAUGGCUAUUCUUUCUGCUGUUGGGGACAAUUUUAUUCUAUAGCCAAAGGGCAAUUAAGACGUGUCCUGGAAUUUGCUGGUGCUAAAGUCAUUGAGGAAUCUAGUGCAAGAUCUGAUAAAGUAGUAGUUUAUGUUUCGUUUUGCGUUUUGCGUUUUGCUACCUUAUAA